UGAAUACAAUCUGUACCGGUAAUCUGGUACUAUUAUAAAUAUGCACCGUCUUUCGAUUCUCUCUCCAUAACUCCUUCCCCCAGGCCCAUCUCUCUCUCUCUCUCUCCAGAUUGUUACCCUCUUUCCGUCUCCAUUUCAUCUUUUCCUACUCAGUGAGCUUCAAGGGUUAAGAGCAUUCAAAGAACUACGUUUUCUUCUAAUUUCCAUAUUUGGUUGAAGAUAAAUAUGAAUACUGCUUUGAAUUGCUUCUCAACUUUGUUCUGUUUCUCUGUAUUAUUAUCACUCUAUGCUGUGUCUGGUUUGAGCUCUGAUGGGACAACUCUGAUGUCACUUGUGAGGCACUGGACAUUUAUACCUCCUUCCAUCAAAUCAAGCUGGAAUGCUUCUGAUUCCACUCCUUGUUCAUGGGUUGGAGUCCAAUGUGACCAAACCCACCUUGUGGUUGCACUAAACCUAUCUAAUUUCCAAAUUUCAGGUCAAUUAGGACCUGAAGUCUCUCAUUUGAGCCACUUGAAGUCGAUUGAACUUAUCCUCAAUGAUUUCUCUGGUGGGAUUCCACCAAAUUUGGGAAAUUGUACUUGUCUUGAAUUCUUGGAUUUGUCCCUCAACAGCUUCACUGGCCCAAUACCAGAAACCCUAGGAAAUUUGCAAAAUCUAAGAUACAUAAGCUUGUAUAAUAAUCUGCUUUCGGGUUCAAUACCCGAAUCAUUGUUUCAAAUUCCACAUUUGGAGACCGUUUACUUGAGCACAAACAAACUUAAUGGUUCUAUUCCAUCAAGUGUUGGUAACAUGAGUGAGGUAGUGGCUUUGUGGUUGAAUGGCAAUCAGUUAUCAGGGGCCAUUCCUUCCUCUAUAGGAAAUUGUAUUACUCUGGAAGAGCUUUAUUUGACUGACAACCAAUUAGUUGGACCUCUGCCCAAUAGUUUGAAUAAUCUUGAGAAUCUUGUGUAUUUAGAUGUCAGUAAUAACACUCUAGAGGGUAGAAUUCCUUUGGGUUCGGGUAGUUGUAAGCGAAUCGAUACUUUGGUUCUGUCUUUCAACCGUUUUACCGGAGGUAUUCCACCAGGGUUGGGCAAUUGUAGCAGCUUAGCACUACUUUCUGCUGUGAGUUGUGGUUUAUCUGGUCCUAUCCCGUCUUCUUUCGGCCUGCUUACUAAGCUUACGACUCUUUACCUCUCUGAGAACCGUUUGUCCGGGAGAAUACCACCUGAGCUUGGGAAGUGCAAAUCCUUAAGCGAUUUGCAGAUGUACGAAAACCAACUUGAAGGGGAAAUCCCUAGUGAAUUAGGGAUGCUAAGCAAGUUGAGCGACCUUUUUUUGUUUUCGAAUCAUUUGACAGGUGAGAUUCCGAUUGGCAUUUGGAAGAUCCAAAACCUCGAGAAUAUCCUUGUGUAUGAUAAUAAUCUUUCCGGGGAACUGCCUCCCGAGAUCACUGAGCUAAAGCAACUGAGAAACAUUUCUUUGUUCAACAACCGGUUUUCUGGAGUCAUACCUCGAAGUUUGGGAAUUAAUUGUAGUCUAACACAGGUGGACUUCACUAACAACAUGUUCACUGGUGAAAUCCCGCCAAAUCUAUGCUUCAAUAAGCAAUUGAGGAAGCUCAUCUUGGGUCAAAAUUUUCUUGAAGGUAGCAUACCUUCUGAUGUAGGAAGUUGUUUUAAACUCACAAGGCUGAUCCUUAAACAGAAUAACCUCACGGGGGUUCUUCCGGAAUUUGCAGCCAAUCCAGAUCUUUUAUUCAUGGACCUCAGCAACAAUAGCCUCACUGGAGCCAUUCCCUCAAGUUUGAGAAACCUUACCAAUAUUACCUCAAUUAACUUGGCAAUGAAUAAGUUUUCAGGGCUUCUACCCCAGGAGCUGGGAAAUCACUUGGAUCUUCAGGCUUUAGACCUUUCUCACAAUGAUUUGGAAGGUUCGUUGCCAUCUCAAUUGGCAAGUUGUAAAAGAUUAUUGCAACUUGAUGUGAGUCAUAAUUUGUUGAAUGGUUCAAUUCCGUCAAGUUUGGGAAGCUUGACAGAAUUGUUCAUUCUGCGUUUAAGUGAGAAUCGUUUUACUGGGGGUAUUCCACCUUUCUUGUUUGAGUUUAAAGUCCUUUCAAAUCUACAACUAGGUGGAAAUUUAUUAGGUGGGAGUGUCCCUCCAUCGAUUGGAGCUGCUAAGAACCUGAAAGCACUGGAUCUCAGUAAUAAUGGGUUGACAGGUAAUGUUCCCUCAGAACUGGGAAAGUUGGUUAUGUUAGAAGAGUUAAAUAUAUCCAACAACAAUCUGAAUGGAAGUUUAGCAGUUCUUGGUGGACUCCAUUCAUUGAUUCAGGUCAAUGUUUCACAUAAUGUCUUCACUGGUCCAAUACCAGAAGAACUGAUGAAGUUGCUGAAUUCAUCUCCCUCUUCAUUUGAGGGUAAUCCUGGUCUCUGUCUCAAUUGUCUUCCAAAAGGUGGUUUGACUUGCACUCAGAAUAGCAAUUUCAGACGUUGUGAUCUUCAAUCAAGCAACCAUGACGGCCUCAAUAAAUUAGCUGUUUCAAUGAUAGCUCUUGGAUCAUCGUUAACUGUUGUUGUGCUCCUCGGACUGGGUUGUAUGUUCUGUUGUCGUAGAAGAUCAAAACAUGACAUUGAGAUCUCUGCUGAAGAGGGUCCAACUUCACUUCUAAACGAAAUAAUGGAAGCCACUGAAAACCUGAAUGAGAGGUACAUUAUCGGAAGAGGAGCUCAUGGAGUUGUUUACAAGGCUUCAUUGGGUCCAGAAAGAGUGUACGCGGUAAAGAAACUCGUAUUUGCAGGGAUUAGAGGAGGAAUAGCAAGUAUGAACAGAGAAAUUGAGACAGUUGGGAAGGUCAGGCACCGGAAUCUUAUCAGAUUGGAAGAUUUCUGGUUGAGAAAGGACUAUGGUUUGAUCUUGUAUAAGUACAUGCAAAACGGAAGCCUUCACGAUGUUCUCCAUGACAUGAAUCCACCACAAACUUUGGAGUGGAAUGUCCGGUAUAAGAUAGCACUUGGAACUGCUGAAGGAUUAGCAUAUCUCCAUUACGACUGUUGUCCUGCUAUAGUGCACCGAGAUAUCAAACCAAUGAACAUCCUUUUGGAUUCUGAGAUGGAUCCUCAUAUCUCUGAUUUCGGCAUUGCAAAGCUUCUAGAUCAGUCUUCCUCUUCAGCACCCUCCAGCACAGUUCCUGGUACAGUUGGGUAUAUUGCGCCAGAGAACGCAUUUACAACUACGCAGAGCAGGGAAUCAGAUGUGUACAGUUUUGGAGUUGUUUUGUUGGAAUUGAUAACCGGAAAGAAGGCCUUGGAUCCUUCAUUUAAGGAGGAAGUAGACAUUGUGGGGUGGGUUCAGUCUGUUUGGAGCGAAAGCGAAGAAAUUGAGAUGAUUGCUGAUCCAAGCCUUGUGGAGGAAUUUAUAGAUUCGAGUGUCAUGGAACAAGUUAUUGAUCUGCUUUUGGUGGCUUUAAGGUGUACAGAAAAGGAGGGAAGCAAAAGACCGUCAAUGAGAGAGGUAGUCAAACACCUACUAGAUGCAAAUGCUCCUGUAGUAAUCAAAUGUAUCUGACUUUUACAACUUUCAGUAUCUCCCAAUGCUAAUCCCCUCAUGAAAUAUGUAGUGAAGGAAGCAAGAAAUUAUUACGGUGGUAUGGGAGUACAUGGUCCCAGCCAAUAACAAACUGUCAUGCAAGUAAAUGUGUCGGCUUUAUUUAAAUUUUUUUUGUUCAGGUGACAAUUUGUUAUUGGUCAGAACCAUGUAAUAAUUUCUUGAAGCAGGUAGCUAGUAGUGUAAAUGCCCCAUAAUCUAGUUGUUUUAUUCCUCGAUUGUAGUCUCUUCAGUUAUAGUAUAUUUUCUUUUUGGUUUUA